AACCACUCUCGCCCUUCUUCACAACAUGAAUUGACAUUCAGUGCAUCACUCUCCGCCUCAACAUGGUUGUAACCAAGCCUCCUUUCUAGACAACUGCAUAGCAUCGAACCGCCAUAGCCAUUAAGAUUUUCCAUGAUAGUUUCUACUUUAUACAUCUAACUAAACAAGCACAGAAGAGAAUGUAAAAAGGUCGAAUUAUUUACGUUAAAUUUUCGUUAGAAAAAACACAUACCGCUACCUAUUUUACGAGACAAACGAAAAAUAAGGUGAACAGAAUUGCCGUACCUUGAUUAGGUGCAAAGGUGUAGUUGAAAUCGAAGAGGUGGACAAACUUUCUCUCUCCUACUCCUGGAAAUGGCAGCCAUCUCCGGCUUCCCGCCUCACUUUCUCUCUCUACCCUCUCACUAUCACUCCCAAACUACUACUACUGCUUCCACUUCCUUUUCCUUCUUCUACCAUCAUCAUUCUUGCUUCCAUUCAAAUCGACGCUCCUGCAAUUCCCAAUUUUCUGUCGCUUGUCUUGCUUCCAUCCCAUCUACCAAGAAAUCUAGGCCGAGUAGGAAGCUUAUGAGUGAUGAUGAACUCCGCAAUGUUCUUCGGGAAUUCGUUGCUUCUGUUGGAUUGCCUGAGGGUCAUGUUCCUUCUGUUAAGGAGCUUUCGCAUCAUGGAAGGAAAGAUCUUGCAAACAUCGUUCGAAGGAGAGGGCACAAACUUGUUAAAGAGCUUCUCACUAACUCUCCCAAUAUAGCAACCGAUGGAUUUGAUUCUUUCAAAGACAUAAAUAUUGAUUCCAAUGAAAAUAGUGACCAUGAGAAAACAGGUCAGGAGGAGAAGCUGGAUGAUACAGCUGAAGAGCCUAAAGAUAUUCCUUUGGUGGAUGAUGAUUCUACUACUGGAACUAGCUUGGUGACACAUUGGGAAUCAUCUUUCAUUUCUAAUGAUGAAAGUUCUGUAUCCGAAAAACACCUAAUGUCCUUGCAGGAUAAGGUGGAAAAUUUUAUGAAAUAUGGACAAUUAGAUGCAGUUGAAGAUGAUAUGUAUGUCAAUUUAAAAGUGAAUGAUGGCAGCAGCAAUUCAUAUCAUGGUCAGAGUUUAGUUGAAGGUGAACUGGUGAACCAUAGUGAAGGGGAUAUGAGACAUUUGGACCAUGUAAGCAACAGUAAUGUUGGACAAAAUGGCACCCUAUUGCUAAAAAAAUUGACUUUUCCAUCAUUGGAGGACAAAAAUAAAAGGGAUUUUUAUUCAUCUGUCCAAGGGCCACAAAACACUGAUUUGGAUGACGAUGUACACAUUGAGGCUGGCAAAAAGGAUAAUGAAGUUGAGAUCAGUCGUCUCAAACACAUGCUGCAUCAAAAAGAGUUGGAGUUAUCUCAGCUGAAAGAAGAGAUUGAGAAGGAAAAGCAAGCGCUGUCAAUUUUGCAAACAAAAGCUGAAAAUGAGAUUAUCAAAGCUCAAAAGCUUUUAUCAGACAAGGAUGCAGAGCUCAAUGCUGCAGAAGAGAGCCUUUCUGGUCUUAUGGAGGCAAAGAUUGAGUACUCAGGAGAAGGGCAAGUGGUAGAGGUAGCUGGUAGUUUCAAUGGGUGGCAUCAAAGAAUUAAAAUGGAUCCACAACCAUCAUCUGCUAUAGAGGACCCUGUUGGAUCAAGGAAAUCUAGGUACUGGUCAACAUCCUUGUGGCUAUAUCCUGGAGUGUACGAGAUGAAAUUUAUUGUUGAUGGGCAUUGGAAAAUCGAUCCUGAAAGAGAAUCGACCAUUAAAGGCGGUGUCCAGAACAACAUUCUCCGAGUUGAUCGAUAGAAUGGCUUUGAUUGGGUUUGGUACAUAUCAAGACCCUACUGAAAUAGAUGGAUAAAUUAUGGCUACACAUUAGUAUAGAAUUGUUAUCCAUAGUAAACUACUGCAUUAGGGAGUGUAAUGUAAUUCAGUUAUGGACCUUCGAGGCAUGACCUUGCGCUCAUGCAUCAGAUGGAGAAUCCAUCUUCCAAACUGGUCCAUUAUGAUUAAAUACUAGCAGAUGGAGCAUCCAUCUUCCGAAUUGGUCCAUUAUGAUUACAUAUGAUGGGUAAUAAGGAUUUUUAAUCUUUGAUUA